AUGUCCCGUUUUUACGAUGACAACUACCGCAACUGGCUCAAAACCACAGAGAGUCUGAACGCGCUGAGAGUCGGGCUGCGCUCUUUCGUCGAAAACGAAACCGAAACUUAUCACGGCUCUUUGAAGAGUAAGCUCGGUUCUAAAGAUGCCGUCUGUCGAAUCAAAUGCGACGGGAAGCAAUGGCAGAACAAGAGGCCUGAUCAGAUCCCCAAGUGUGAGGUGUGUACUCGGUGGAAGGCCCUGAUCUUGGCCAAUCACAAGUCUGCAACUGGUUAUGGCGUGUACUGGAAGGAGUGUUUUCCCCACCUGUGGCCGACGGAGAAAUGGGAAGUGGCCAAGGUCUACAUGCCUCAGGGUCAUCGGGACCACAGGUGUUUUGAUCAGUUUGACAUCGCAGCCUUGAUGGUCCUCAUGAGCAACUGUAAACACUUUCGCACAUUUGUGAAGGACCAACAACGCAUCAACAAGGUGACGCGUGUGCGUAAUCGUGUGAUGCACUCUCCCGACUUCACGUUGGUCCAGGAUGACUUUCAACUCUUCCUGUCCACCAUCAAGGAGUUUGCCCUCCUCCUGCAGGAACACGCUCACGACCUCAAGACACUGCCACAGGAGAUUGACAAGAUGUGUGAGAUUGUGGACAAUGGAAUCGAACCUGCAACACUCUGA